AUGAUGGGGCUGAGAUUGUGCAGCUGGACUCCCCUGGGGUCUCUCCUCUCCCUGCUCUUUUCUACCAGCAUGGCGUACAUUGUUACCAGAGAAAACUGCUGCAUAUUGGAUGACAGAUUUGGUAGCUUCUGCCCAACAACUUGUGGCAUUGCAGAUUUCCUUAAUAAAUACCAUCCCGCCGUGGAUAAUGACCUGCUGGAGAUGGAGAGAAUUUUGCAGCGGAUUUCUAACUCCACAAUAACAGCAGACCAUCUGAUUCAACACAUCCAAGGCCUCUAUCCUUCAGACAAGCAGACAUUACCGAAUUCAGUAGAUGAUUUCACUCAAAAGUCCAGGAAAAUAAUUGAAGAAAUUAUCAGAUAUGAAAACACUAUAUUGUCUCAUGAAACUACUAUACAACAGUUGACAGAUACGCAUAUAAUGAACGGCAACAGGAUCACAGAGCUGAAAGAGAAGAUUGCCCAGCUUGAGGUACUCUGUCAGGAGCCGUGCAAAGACAGGGCUGAAAUUCAGGACACAACUGGAAGAGAUUGUCAAGACAUUGCAAAUAAAGGUGCAAGGAAAAGUGGUCUGUACUUUAUCAAGCCUCAAAGAGCCAAGCAGUCAUUCCUAGUCUACUGCGAGAUUGACUCAUAUGGCAAUGGCUGGACAGUACUACAGAGGAGACUGGAUGGGAGCGAAGACUUCAGUAAAAAUUGGGUUCAGUACAAGGAAGGAUUUGGACAUCUGUCUCCAGAUGAUACCACUGAGUUCUGGCUGGGCAAUGAAAAGAUACAUUUAAUAACUACACAGUCCACUCUGCCAUACACCUUACGAAUAGAGCUGGAGGACUGGAGUGGCAAAAAAGGCACUGCUGACUACGCUGUAUUCAGAGUGGGAAGUGAAGAAGACAAGUAUCGACUGACGUACGCCUACUUCAUCGGGGGUGACGCGGGGGAUGCCUUUGAUGGAUAUGAUUUUGGAGACGACCCAAGUGAUAAAUCCUACACCUACCACAAUGGCAUGCGGUUCAGUACCUAUGACAAUGACAACGAUAACUACGACGGCAACUGUGCUGAGCAAGACGGAUCUGGGUGGUGGAUGAAUAGAUGCCACGCUGGCCACCUCAAUGGCAAAUAUUAUGUGGGUGGCGUGUACACAUCAGAAGAUGCUGGUCCAUCUGGAUUUGACAAUGGCAUUAUCUGGGCAACCUGGCGUGACCGGUGGUACUCCAUGAAGAAAUCUGCAAUGAAAAUCAUCCCAUUCAACAGACUGUCAGUAGAUGGACAGCAGCACAACUUAGGCAAUGUCAAACAGGUUGGAGACGCAUAAAAGACGAUUUCACGAAGACCAGUCUGAACAGGAAAAGCAAAUCUUUUCUAUCUUAGACACUGAACUUAGCAAACAUUACAUGGUUCAGUUUUGA